AAGAAAAUUAUUAACAUUUAUUUACCAAAUAGAAUACGGUGUUCUACAUAAAAGUAAAUUAAUUAAAUCCUUGUCAAUUUAUAAGACUGACUAGUAUUUUUUUAAAAAACAAUGGCAUCUGGACUGGAGAACUACAUAAAUCAAACAGUGUCAGUAAUAACUUCAGAUGGCAGAAAUUUUAUUGGCACCUUGAAGGGAUUUGACCAAACAAUAAACAUUAUUUUGGAUGAAUCUCAUGAACGAGUAUUUUCAUCAUCAACAGGAGUGGCGCAAGUAGUACUAGGCCUUCACAUAAUUAGAGGAGACAACAUUGCAAUAGUGGGACAAAUUGAUGAAUCAAUAGACAGCAGACUAGACCUGGGUAAUAUUAGAGCAGAACCAUUAGGGCCGAUUGUACAUUAAUCUAAAUAUACCUAAGACCAAUUAAGUAAUAAAUGUAAUAUUUUUAAUAUAC